AUGUCUACGUACGGAAGCUACAUUCCUCCCUUUCGCCGUGGAGAUUCACAGGCAACUGGCAGUACAUCUGAUACACCAGAGUCAUCUACUAUCCCUUCCAACAACUCAUCAUCAUAUCAACCUUUCAACAACGGAGGCAGUAGAGGCGAUAUGAGUGGUCGAGGAUUCCGUGGAGGACGAGAUCGUGGAGGACGUGGCCGUGGCCGUGGUCGCGGAAGAGGUACCUAUAGCAACCCGUUCUCCCAAGGUCGCAACCAACAGCAACAGAGUCAGUUCGACGAUGUUGACUUCUACGAUCAACACGCAAUUGCGAAGUAUUUUUGUGGCGAAGAGGGACUUGAAGCCAUUUCACACUAUAACUCGAGCACCUUCCACGGCUCUAUGGAGCAUCCAGACCAGUUGUCUUACAUGCUGCUCUUCACUAACGCCAACCCCCGCUGGCCUGGUGACCGCAUCAUAUUUGCCAAAUCCAAGCUUACUUUGUUACCGGAGUACAGCUCAAAGAAGACGGAAUAUGGGGAUUGGCCACUCCCUAAACAGCCUGAGGAGUCCCAAGAUUCCCACGCAACUACGAAUAAGAUUCUUACGGAAGAGGUAUUUCAAUCCACUGCUCAGGACAACGAAGCUGGCCAGGUUGCGACUGCUAUUGAAUCAUUGUCCGUCGCCGAUGAGGAGAAAACAAGGGCAACCACGUCCUCUGAUGCGACCCAGACAGAUGAGGCACCCGUUACGGAAACAUCGUCUAGUUCCAGCAGCCGCAUGAAGUUCAGCGAUGUUCGUAACCUACCACCUGAGGAACAAGAGCGUAUAGUAGAGGAGCAGAAGCAGCAACGCCUAAAGCUUCGACUUCCACAGGUACCUAGCUUUCCCACCAUCCCACCUAUCGACUACGCCCCAUCUGCGCACGCGCCUGUCGCGGCAUUUGAAGAGCGUCGCUCCCACGAGUACGGACGCGGCAAUCCACGAUUCAUUUUCGCAGGUUGGUACCAUAUCGCGCGCAUCAAUGUGCUGGCACCGCACUCCGCAGAGCUCGUGCGCAUGCAGCAGCAAAAGUGGGAGCGUCGCGACCGCUAUGGCAACGUUAUCCCCAGCAAGUCUCGUGACGCCUCCGCAUGGAAUGCAGCACUUGGUACAGAAUGGGCAGUCGUUAAGUUUGAGAAAAUUGGCGACAAGGAGGCGCCCGCUACUCCUGCUAUCGAGAAGUUACCCAAACCUGAAAGCACUGCCGAGGCAGCUGGUGGGCGUAAAGGCGAGGGCGAGGGCGAGGCAGAGAAAAACUUACAGGAGAAUGUGGAAAUGAAGGAAGACAUAGUUGAAAAGACGGAUGUGGCAUCUGUCGCUGCAGGCGGGAGCGAAAACGAGAAUAUCCACACGAAAGGAUCAGACAAGCAGCCGGAAGCUGCUAAGGCAGAGACCAGUGAAGGAAUUUAA